UUCUCGAUGGAAUGGAAGGAGUGCCUCCAGACAAGUUUUAUAUACUUGGUAGCGGGGCCGUGGAGACGAUUAUAAACGAUGGAGCGGUACUCCAUGCUGUGAUUGAUAACGACACUGAGGCUGUCAUCAUAGACGAGGACCUGGGAGUACAAGUUGGACUGGGCCUCGAUAGGUCAUACCUAUUCGAGAUAGAGACGGCUGAUGGGAGAAAGCAACAGAUCACUGGGGUUUGUCACAAAGCAGCCAUAGAGGUCCAAGGGGUACGAGUGACCCUGCAUGUCUUUGCAGUCCAGAACUGCAGCUCCGAGCUGCUCUUGGGUCGAACGUGGCUGAGCCACGUGCAUGCGGUGACGAUAGAGCGACCAGAUGGGAACCAAACGUUGUCCAUUAAGAAGCCAGAUGGGACGCGGGUAAUGAUUGAGACAGUGGAGCCUCGGGACCCGAGGAACAGAGCAGCUCUCGCGAAGGAGAAGGAAGAAGUUAUCGUUUUCCUGAAAGAAAAGAUGGUUUCCCAUGUUGCGGAGCAGUCUGAUAGCGCUUAUGCUAAUCGAUGGUUUUUCCUACGAAAGCCGAAUGGCAAGAUCCGAUGGAUCCAGGACCUUCAAAAGGUUAACGCGGUAAUGAUGCGAGACGUGGGCUCCUUGCCACACGCCGAUUUACUGGCAGAAGGCGUCGCAGAUGGAUAUAGGGACGACAGAUACGAGAGGUCGGGUCGAGAUGGCUACAGAGGAAGUAGAUAUGAGAGAGGAGAUCGGGACUGGGAACAACAAGAUGGGUCGCGCGGACGGUUUGAGCGCGGGGGAGAUGCGAGAGAGCAGCGGGACGAGUCGUGGGGGUGGUACAACCGAGGGGACCGACGCGAUGAGUCACGAGGACGAUAUGACUCGGGGGACCGCCGGAAUGAUUCGCGAGGGCGGUAUGAGCAAGGAGGGUUUGGAGGAAACCGGCGCAACGAUCCGCGCGGUCGGAAUGAGAGAGGGGGAUAUGGCGUCUCAUCAGAACCAUAUCCCAAGUCGCCUGACCCCAAGGCGGCCAGGAGUUCGAUCUCUAGAGGCACAGACGAUAGUGCAUCUACUCCCAGGAACUCAUGCGUCUACUAUGGAGGAGAAGAUCAUAUCAAGAGGGAUUGUCCGGACCUCAAACGGGCAAUAGAUGAGAGACUUGUUGUGCUUGACGACCGCAAGUACGUCAAGUGGGCAGAUGAUCUGGGAGAUGUAUCGAUGUUCCCUUCGAUGAAGGAGAAUGUCGAAGCGAGGAGAAUAAAGACGAGUAAAGGAAUGGAGCCGGUCAGGAGCCAGAGCAUCAAGAUAACCUUUGAGGGGGAUAUCGCGACUACACCCAUAAGGGUGGCAGCCACCAAGUCGGCAAGAGGGUCUACAUCGAAGAAGACUGACACGGAUUACGUGAUGGCGGAGAAGGACGGGCAGCUUGUCGAUGGAGAGGAGGUUAUCCUUUCGCCACGAAAGCGGGGAGUGAAGAAGUUCUUAAUGAAGAGUUCGCUGGACGAGACUGACACGAAGACUCUUAUACCUCUAUCAGAGGAGGGUCAAGCGGCCCCUAAGGCGGAAGCUUCUACAAUAGCAGUAACGGGGGUGACUGCAAGAGCGGAUCGCAUGGCGACAGUCCUUCUCGAUGGAAUGGAAGGAGUGUCUCCAGACAAGUUUUAUAUACUUGGUAGCGGGGCCGUGGAGACGAUUAGAAACGAUGGAGCGGUACUCCAUGCUGUGAUUGAUAACGACACUGAGGCUGUCAUCAUAGAUGAGGACCUGGGAGUACAAGUUGGACUGGGCCUCGAUAGGUCAUACCUAUUCGAGAUAGAGACGGCUGAUGGGAGAAAGCAACAGAUCACUGGGGUUUGUCACAAGGCAGCCAUAGAGGUCCAAGGGGUACGAGUGACCCUGCCUGUCUUUGCAGUCAAGAACUGCAGCUCCGACCUGCUCUUGGGUCGAACGUGGCUGAGCCACGAGCGACCUGAUGGGAACCAAACAUUGUCCAUUAAGAAGCCAGACGGGACGCGGGUAAUGAUUGAGACAGUGGAGCCUCGGGACCCGAGGAACAGAGCAGCUCUCGCKGUGGGUGCAAGACCCAGUGAUCAGAUUAAGUCGUUGCCUAUCUCCAGCCGCGCGGUGCGAUUUCGCGAGAAGAAAUAUGGACCACUGCUCACAGAGGAACAAGGUCGGAUCGUGGAAGUGGAAGACUUAGGGAGUCUGCUAAUAGUGGACGGCGACUCGUACCCAAAGGAAAAAGAUGAGGAAUUUGGCAGUGUGGUAUCCGUGUCUUUUUUAAGGGCACGGCCCCCUAUGGGGGGCUACCCAAGCGACACAAACGAGUAGCACAAAAAGUUAAGCCAGCGGCGGUGGGCCGCGAGCGAUC